GAAACGCAUCAACGUCACGGUUUCAUGGACUAAAAUUUGAACAGUAAAGGACAGUCAAACGAAAAAGAAUUCAACAGUUUAUACCCGUGCUGCGACCAUUUUCAAACUUGGACGUACAUAUGCAUCUGUAGCCAAGUUUUCCUUUUAACUUCUGACAAGAUUUUAAAAAAUAUUCAAAUCGGUUCUGAUUAUGGUGAGGAGAGGGACUUUGUAACUGAACUGAGAAUACACCAAGGCACCAGAAAAGAAGUGCCCAGAAAUCUCUCCAACUGGUGGAGACGCAGACUGUGGCUGAAUAUAAGCACCUGAGUUAAAAGCAUGGAGAAUAAUAAUGCUAUUGCUGCACAAGGCCCAGAUGAUGAGGCCAAAAUUGAAAACGUAAAGCCGACUGCUGAUGAAGAGUCCCCAGACAAGGAUCGUGGAAAUCGUCAGCGUAGACGUCCAUUUCGCCGUGAAAUACAUCCUGAAGAUGAAACUGGAAAAUGGGCCAUUAGACGCAAGAUUUGGGAUUAUUUGGAAGAAAAUAAUCUGGUGAAUGUACCAAGACCCUGCCAUUACCGCAUACCUAAUUUCGAGGGGGCUUCUGCUGCUAAUGACAAACUACUUCAACUUGAAGCAUUCAAGAAAGCAAAGACUGUUAAGGUUAAUCCUGAUAAACCACAGGAGCAAGCAAGGUUUUUAGUGUUGGAGGCUGGAAAAGAACUUGUUCUGCUGAAUCAGACACAGCGUAAUUUGAUGGUGCCCACACCACAACUAAGAACUGGUCUCUUGAAUAGAGUUGUCCCCCCAGAGGGAUCUGAUAAGGAAAAGCUUCGCCACUGCUGUACUUCUCAGGGAGUUAAAGAAAACAGUAAAGAGAUUGGUCUGGAUGAAAAAGUCAAGAUUGAUUUGAUUAUUGUUGGCAGUGUGGCAGUUUCUAGAAAGGGUUAUCGUAUUGGCAAGGGUAAGGGAUUUGCUGACUUGGAAUAUUCAAUGAUGAGAACCAUGGGUGCAAUUGAUGCCAACACUGUUGUCGUCACUUCUGUCCAUGACUCUCAAGUAGUGGAUAUCCCUGAGGAAUUGGUUGAUGAACAUGAUAUGACUGUGGAUUUCAUUUUGACACCAAAUGAACUUAUUGAAACUAAGAACAGUAGAGUCAAGCCAACAGGGGUCAUUUGGAGUCACCUUGAAGUCAACAAAUUCUUUCAGAUUCCUGUUCUGAAACAACUGCGUGACAUUGAACGAGAUGCAGGAAAGAAUGUCUUUUUGAAGGGACAAGAAAAUGAAGAGGAUGAUCCCUUAGAGAACGCAGAGCCACCGCGACCUCGUAGGUACAGACGUUUUGGUGGACAAGGUGGAGGAUAUAGAGGACGUGGAAGACCUUACAGGUACAGACGCGGAGGUGGUCGUCGUAGGGAGGGUGGAGAUGACAGUAACAAAGAGAAUAUUGAAACUGGGGAUGAGUCAGGUGCUGAUGGAGACAAUGAUGGCAGAGGAAGGCGCAGGAACUAUCGCAACAGAAGAUUCCGUCGUGGUGGUAAACCUCGUGCCUCAGAGUCUGAACAUAGUGAUGGAGGUGGCGAAAGUGGCCAGGGAGAUGGCGAAGACAAAAAUCGUCAACGCCGAUUCCCUAACCGCCGUCGCUUCCAGCGCAGACGCCGCUAUGAUGGUGGUAGUCGAAGAGACAAUCGUGCUGGUGGAGAUCAUUCUGGCAGUGAUGGUGAGCAAAAGACAUCUGGAGAUGAAGAAGGUGAAAGCCGUCGUCCCCAGCGUCAAAGGUUCCGCACUAACCCUGAUGCAAUUGUAUGGGUUGGAGGACUUUCUCGUCGCCUUCGUGUCAGUGAGCUGAAAACAGAAUUGAGAGCUCUUAAUGUCAACCCUCUUCGACUAGUGUGGCGUGGUGCUCGUGGAUUUGCGUUCCUUCACUUUCAGACCACAGACACUGCUAAAGAAGCUGUAGAUGUUCUGGGAGGCAAAGAAUUGGAUGGAAGAGAAGUCAAGGUUGAGAUGGCCAACAAUGACCGUCCACCUAGACGUAGGGGUGGAGAUUCCCGUAGCGACAAAACAGACAACCAGUCCUCUGAACCUUUGGAAGGUGGGGAUAGGUAGGAGAGGAUAGCACAUGGGGAUCUCUGGCGGUGUGUGACAAGAAACGACCUCGUCUUGUUUAUUUUUCUUGUGUGUUUGUUGAGGUCAGCACAAACCGCCGCGGAAAUGUAUUUUUCCGUAGUCCUCACUUGCCUCCAUGGGCGGAGGGGACCAGAGAUAAUGCAAGCGACCGACCAAUUAGCCAUAGACCUACAAUUGUAAUGACAUGGACAUUGGUGGUAGCACCUCGAGUUUGUUUGUUGGUAAAUAUAAAGCUAUAAAUGACGUAUUCAUUCAGUGGUUAAUUCAAUUGACGUUUCUCGUGUUUUUCUUAAUGAUUAUAAUGAUUAUGUACAAAGAGAAGAAAAAACUGAUUAACCCUGUCCAGCUUUCACAGAGAGACAAAGACGCUACUCACUCGCAACUACUACUAAUCACAUUGUUGUCAUUUAGAACUUUUUUUUUUUUAAUGAAGGGCUAAUUCAGAUAAGGUUGACAUUCUAUAGAGACCUCUCGGCAACUGUCCCCCCCACACCCGCAGUCUUGUGCAAUUGUUUUCUCAAGCAGCACCUAAAUCACCAAGAGAAUGUUUGAAGUUAAGGACUGUAGAAUACUUUACAAGGCAGCACUUUGUUAUUUCUUCUUGAUCAAUUUUCUAGUUUGAUGAAAGUGUAAAAGAUAGCUGGGGUUGAAUCAGUGUGUCUAUUAACUACUGUUUUAACUAAUAGGUUACUUUAAAAAAACUAGGUAGUGUUUACAAAAGCAAUAUUUUAGAGGGGGGUUGAUUUUAAAUAGAAAAAAAAUUGUUUUUGGGAGUAUUUGACUGUUCAAAGGUUAUUUUUGUAGAAUACUUGGGCUGUCUCAAGAAUUGGUGUAUGCAAGAUUCUUUCUUAAUGUUAUUUAUUUUUUUUGUAUGCAUUUUUUAACCACGAAUGUGAUUAUAGACAUAAUGUUUCUGCCAAUAGUGAAGAAAUUUUACUAGAUGUAUUUUCUUAACCUUUUAAAGAAAAUGAUAGCUAAAAAAGAUGUGCCUGACUGUUAGACUGGAUCCUGCCUAUGCUUGUAGAGAGACAUGAGCACUGACACUUGGCCAGUUGAUCCAGUUGAAUUUGUCAGCUGCCAGUUCAAUAUAUUCUUUUGUACAGUUGUGUAUAGUCAAUUUUUUUUUACCUUGUGCAUAUCAUUUUAUAAAGAUUAUUUUUAUAAACUAAAAGACUGUUGUCUAUUGAAGUAAAAUAAAUUUCCCUGCUGAGGUCACAAGAUUGUUAACAUUCAUCUUUUAAAAGUGGAAACAGAAAAAUGCCUGAAAAUAAAGAACAAUGCCCUGUUUGAAUCAUUGAACUCAUGAAAUCAUUGCUGGCAUGCACGUAGAUCCUCGGCUCGAUUGUCUGGCCACUGAACACGUCAAUUAACAAUUUUUUAUUUUCACAUAGACUGCCAUUAUUUUUUCUGCAUUUGAUAAAGUUUGUGUUUUCUCUUUUUGUAACUAGCUGGCUGGGACGUACCUUUUUUCCUAUUACAACAUAUUCAGUCAUGCAGGCAUAAAGAAAAGGCUUAGCUUUAUAGACAGGAAUGCUAUUUUUCAGUUGUCAAAUUAUCUACCACCACCCCUCCCAAUUUUAACUGUAAAUUUUUUUUUUACAUUUCCUGAAUUGUAGAUAACUUAUUUUAAUUUAAAUGCAUUUUGUCAUGCAUAUGUUAUGUAUAUUUAUAAUUUAUUGCCCCCUCCCUUAUAACUUAAACAAGCAAAGUUAACCAAUUUGAAUAAGGGUUGGUUUAACAUUAUGACUGCAUGCAUAUGUUGGACAAUUUCCUUGUUGUGUUUAUUUAGAUGGAUCAAGUUGUAGGAUCAUAGCCCCAUCAUUUGGUGGUAGUUGUAUUUGAUGAUUAGCUUUAUUUUGUCAUACAUAGCAUUUUUUAAAAACUUUGUCAAAUUACAAAUGCUUGUUUUCUGUUAACAUACAGAUUUUAUUUUUUUAAAUUUUUCGGCCUAUUGUAGUGUGAGCCAAAAUGGAGUUUUUCCUCAAAUAUUUCAAACAUGCAGGACUUUAUAUGUAUUGUUUGUUGAAUUAAUUAAUAAAUCUUUGUAUUGUUCAAA